UCAUAUAUCGCAAAAACGGCUUAUAAAAGAUGAGUGCCUCGCUGUCUGUCGCUCGUCCAACACAUCGUCUGUAGUUCUUGUUGCGGUAGCAUCGUGAUGCACGUUGGCGACGAAGGUGCAUCCGUAUAAUUCUACCGAUUGACUAAAAAAAAUGAUCGCGUAUACUUUCCUUUAAUACUCGCAGUCACAAUUAAUCAGAAAUUUAUAUCGGAAGUCGAUCGGCAUUUGUUUCGUAAUUUGUUCCGACUCUGGGGCCGCACACGGCAAUGAUGUCACAAACGGCUCCAAGGGCCUACCUUCGGGUUUUGGGACUUGUCGCAGCCCUAUCGAGGUCCGAUGCUGCAGUCGACUGUAGUUACUCCAUUCAAACCACGGAAGGCAAUGCCAUCAUCGGGGCCCCUCUAAACACCGUUCUCACCGGGUUUGUGUACCGUGAGAUAGGCGGCAUAUCCCGUCUGCAAUGCGUCGCCUCGUGUGCCAAAGACACACGGCAUUGCUACUCCUUCAACUACUGUCAUUCGACCAAACUCUGCCAGCUGAACCGUGCCAAUCAGGCACGCCAGCCACAGCACUUGACGAAGGGCGAAGGCUGCUCGUAUUACGACAUCUUUGUUGAAUGCCAGACGACUACGGACACAAACUACCACAACGUCUACCUGCAUGCAGUAGCUAACGUCAAGCGCCUGGAGUUCCAAGUGAAGACUGCCACCAACGCCAUCAUCGUUCUCAGCCCAGUACUAAAAGAUCACAACCCAAUGUACGAGAUCAUCCUGGGGGCUGCAGCCAACAAAGAGGGUGCUAUUCGUCGCUGCAAGCAGUGCCCCAACAAACGUACGGUGACCGAGCCGGGUUUGGUCAGUGGCAGCCAGUUUAGGGGGUUCUGGAUAACCUUUGACCUUAACACGGGCGAGUUAGCGGUGGGCAGGGCGGGUCAGUUGAAGCCGUUUAUGACGUGGGUCGAUCCCUCACCCAUGGACGUGAAAUACGUCGGAUUCGCGUCUUAUUAUAAUGAUCCCGGAGAGUAUCGAUACUUCUGCUCGAUUUAAACAGAUAUUCGCUCCGCGUAUCCGUACACAGAAUCGAGUUUGUCGUGUACAAAACAACGAAUACGCCGGGUCCAUGGAAGAAGGUCGUGAGAGUGAAAAAUGGGUCAAAAGGUAAAUUUAGGGUAUUUGGGUAAUCGAUAGAGCAUUGAAAUGUCUUUCACUUUGCCUCAAAAGGCUACGUCAUUCUAAUUACGUAAUUAACAUAAUAAGAAAAACGGAAGGUUCAUUCUUUUCCCCAGUAUGAGGACUUUAUCAUGUUUUCAAUGGCCUAUACGACCGUAAUAAAACCUGUUCCCUGCGCGUCACGUACAUCUCCCUAGCCCGAAGUGCGGAGUUUAUUCCCUGCAGAGGAUCCAACCACCCGCCUAAGCGCGUAGCCAAGGCAGGAGUAGUUCUCGUCAAAAGGUUGUUCACGUUAAACAUGUAAAUAACUUAAAAAUUAAGUAACCGUAUUUUGAUUUUAAAAGUGCACCAUAGUGUUCUAAUUAUUAACAAAUUCCAGUCAAAAGUUCAGCCUUAUGUGAUUUGUAGGUUAGAAAUGGGAGCGCAACAACUUUUAGAAUCGAUUAUCCUUCUCAUUUGCGUCGUUCUUGGAAUGUGGCUAAACCUACGAUGCACCUACGAAUAACAAACAGUGGCCUUUUAGAAAUGUCACACACCAGCGACCUUAUCCCGUACUCGUAGUGAGCACUGUUGUAAUAGCACGUUUUGUGAACAACUUGCAGUUACGCGCGUUUUUCGUUUCUAAGAUGGCAAGAUUUGUAUUCACUAAAAGCAGUCGGAUUGGUCUAUAACUUUAAAAAAUGUUAUUCCAAAUCUCACAAGAAACGCAAGUUUAAAGGGUUCAUGAGAUGUUUUUUUUUUUAUCUUACAAACACAUUUUGUGCAAUUUUCUACUCCUCUUAAAUGUAUAAAAACUGUUUGACAUCCCUUUUUAGUUAAUUAUUGAAAAGUGCACUUCUAAGUUCUGUAAACAUUAAAGAUGUUCAUUUUUAUCCCCGUACAACUGAGGGCGCUGUUUCUGUGAGGUCAUUACAAGACGGCCCUGUUCAGUUGAGGGGUUUUAUGUUCAAAUUGUGGACCCAAACAUGUUUUCAUUGAAAACAUUUUGUGAGAAAGUCUGCUCCUCGGCUUACUGCCAUGUACUGACAUAACAAUAAAUCAACACAGGAAAACAGUACGACUCACACCAAAAUAAUCAAAAUUCUGGCAACUUUUGGUGCUGAAAUAACUGUAACAUUUGGGUUUCUGCCUGAAAUGACAUCCUACUUUUGCUCAAAAUUAUGAAAAUUUGUUUUAGCAUGAAAACCGAAAAGGCACUAAAAUACCCUUGAAAUGGCGAAACGAAAGUAUAAAAUAAAUUGGAAUAGGGCACAAAUGUGCAUUUUCAAGGAUUGCAUUAAAACAAAUUUACAUUGCAUGGGCCCUUUAAAAGCGUGGGCAUUUUCAAGAUUUUUUUCGAUAUCGAUAGUAUUCUUUAGAUUCCUCCAAACGCAAAUUGUUUGAAAUUUGAUAAUUGUCUCAUGUUGUCUGAGCUGCGGAUGUACGGUAGUCUGUAAAUUUAAGGUAAAUAUUUUCACUGUUGUAAAAGAAUAUAUUAUUCGAGAUGUGUGGUAAAAUAGAAGAUUUUUUUCAGGAUACUAUUACUAUGAAAGUAUUUUUGUAAGCUUAGUUAUGCCAACUUUAGAAUACUGUCGUACUGUAUAGCGAGGAAGGUAUAUCUCACAACAACAUUCUCAAUAUAUGUCUGAAAAGAGCCGAACGGAUGAUCCAUAAAUGUACCUCCCUCACCCCUUCAGCGGAUAUGUUUGCUAGACUAAACUGGGUCCCAAUUUCUGAAAAAAAGUUAAGGAUAAAAAGGCUAUUCUUGUUUUUAAAUGUAUAAACAAAAUACUCCUUUGUACAUGACGAAUCUUUUCACACCAUUUAUCAUUUACAUAGAUUCGUGAAUCAAGACAAGCAACUGACAAGGCAUUGAAAGCCCCUUUUGCCAAAAAAUGAAUGCUAUGCCAAAAGUCUCGCUGACAUGUGAGUGGUGCGAAUAUAUGGAAUUGUUUGCAUGAAUAACUCAGAACUAUAAAUUCCUUAGGUACAUUUAAAUCUGAACUACGCAAAGCCAUCAGUAAGUGGUAGUUCAAAAUGCGCUGAUCUAUGGAGUUAUAUCCUACUUAUAGUUGAUUGUUUAAAAUGUGUAUAUUUCUUUAAUAUUUCUGCGAUACUAGUAUUUGUAAAUAUUUAUGUUCGUCGUAUGUUUCACCAAUGCACUUUUCCUUACUUAACAUUUAAAAAAAUAAUUUGAAAUAUAUGCAGGGCCGAGGAAGACCAGUUUCUAACUAUUUGGGCAUAUACCCUGGGUAAAAAACGGAAUAAAUAAAUACUUUACUUAAAUUAAUUAUCAAGAUGUAGGCCUCAACCCGUUUUAAAACUAAACUCGUGGAUUAUGUUCAUCAUAAUUAUAUAGGUCGAUAUUACUUUACCAAGCGUCAUGGGCGCGUGUGAGGGUUUGUCGAAAUUUAAAUAAUUCUGAUCCGGAAAUAUUGAAAAUUUAAGUAAUAGACUGUGUCUUUUUAGAACGUGCUGGAAAAUAAGUCGAUUCCCGAUUUUGUUUUUGGGGAAACAGGUGUUGAAACUUAAUUAAAUACUCAAAAAUGUUUGCUCA